GACCUCCAAACCCGGAACUGAAGGCCGCGCAUUGCCGGCCGGGCCAAUCGGCGUCCCGGAAGGAGCGAGCUAAAGCCAAGGAGCCAGUGAAUGACAGCAGCGCCGCCCGCCGGUCGCGGCUGCAGCCCUGCCGGCGUCCCGAGCCUCCUGUCAACGCGAGCGGCGUGCUUUCCAGCGGCGCCUCUCCAAAGUGUCUGUGGCCCAGCGGGGUCUCCCCGCUCUCCCUGGCCUCUGCCCCGCUGUCCCUCCGCUGCUGGGGCCAUGGGCAGCGAGCAGAGCGCGGAGGCCGAGAGCCGCCCCGGCGAUCUGAACGCCUCAGUGACCCCAUCUCCGGCUAAACAUCGGGCCAAGAUGGACGAUAUCGUGGUGGUAGCGCAGGGCUCUCAGGCCUCACGGAAUGUCAGCAAUGACCCCGAUGUCAUCAAGCUGCAAGAGAUUCCAACCUUCCAGCCCCUCUUAAAAGGGCUCUUGAGUGGACAGACUUCCCCAACCAAUGCCAAACUGGAGAAGCUAGACUCUCAGCAGGUGUUGCAGCUCUGCCUCCGGUACCAGGACCACCUGCACCAGUGCGCAGAGGCAGUUGCUUUCGAUCAGAAUGCUCUAGUCAAGCGAAUCAAAGAGAUGGAUCUGUCCGUGGAAACCCUAUUUUGCUUCAUGCAGGAGCGCCAGAAAAGAUAUGCCAAGUAUGCAGAGCAGAUCCAGAAGGUGAAUGAGAUGUCGGCCAUCCUGCGCCGCAUCCAGAUGGGCAUAGACCAGACGGUGCCACUGAUGGAGAGGCUCAACAGCAUGCUGCCAGAGGCUGAGCGCCUGGAGCCCUUCAGCAUGAGGCCUGAGCGGGAGCGGCACUAGCAGGCACAUGCCUGCGCACACAGCUCCUCCAGCCUUCCCCUGGGCCCUGUUUGCCUAGAUGUAUUUGACCCACAUGGACUUUCCAGUGUGGUAGUUCUUGAUAACCGAAGUUGGGACAGUUGAAUUCCCAGAAAUCCUGUAAAGAACUUUGCAUCAAGAGUUAUUUUUAUUUUGCUCUGAUGUUUUGAAUUAAAAGUGUGAGUAGUCUAGGUACUGCAGUGAAACUGUGGAGAAAAUGCUAAGGAACUGUUCUUUUUGGUGCCUCGGGAGACUUUAUGCAGGCUCUCUGAUCUGUGGUUGUAAACAUAAGUGCUGACUGGCUCCAGCUACUGUUCCUAUGCAUUGGCCCCCAUCACAUCAAGGAGGUAUCUGGCACUGUCUUCCUGUCCUGCCAGAACACCAUCUUUGUGUUUUUCCGGUACCAUGCCCCUUUUGUGGGUCACUGGAAACUGAAGACUGCCUUCAUGCACUCAUGAAGGUGUUUCCCAUUAGACCUGCUUUUCCAUACAGAGCUCAGGCUUCUGCCAGCCUGGCAGACCUUGGCUUCCAUAACAAGGUUUGCACUGACAUUUGCUCCCACCCUCUCUCAUGCGAGACCCUUGGAUCUCCACUGAUGUGCCAGGAACACUAAAGAGGCAAUGGAGCCUCUGCCCGCCUUGCUGACUGUAGGGCGUGAAGCUGGGGAAGGAGCUGCCCGUCGCAGGACUUCUGUGGAAGGAAGAGACGCAAUUAAGUGCAGAGGACGGACCUGAAGAUAAGAGCUGAGUCUGAGGGGCUGUCAGGGCUGGGAGUCUACAGCCUCCCCUUCGUCCCUGUGUUCCUCCAGAAUCCAGAGAGAUUCUGUCAGGUGUCAGAAGAGCCUCAGUGUUUUUAUAAGAUUAAAGUGAAUCUGAUUAAUUUAUUGUGUAGCA